AUGCUGCUGCUUGUGCUUCUGUUUCUGGCCUCCUCAAUGAAAGUCUGUUAUGCAAAAUUAAGUACAUUGCCUACCGUUCCAAUUUCUUCAUGUGGCCUGAGUCCCAAAUUCAGAGCCACUUCAUGGACAGUACCAAGACUCAAAGAGGGAACCCCAGCAAGUGCGUCUGAAACCCUACCCUGGCAGGUCAGCAUCCAAACCAAAGAUAAGCUUAUCUGCAGAGGGGCAAUUCUGAGCAGCUGGUGGAUCCUGUCUGCAGCUCGCUGCUUCAUGGAGGAUCUUUCUUCAGAUCUCCCCAUAGUGGUCAGCUUGCAUGGGAAGCCUUCAGAGAAAAAGAAGUUGGACAGGGUGAUCAUCCAUGAAGAUUUCAACAGUACAAGUCUGAGAAACAACAUUGCUUUGAUCUUGUUGGAUUCUCCCAUCAACUUCAGUGAAAAAACGACACCAAUUUGCUUGCCCUUGUUGCAAGACCUCAGCAUAUGGCAAAACUGCUGGGUUGCCACAUGGAAGACCAUAAUGGCUGGUACUGCAUUUUCUAAUCCAAGACUGACCAACAUAUUAACGAAGAUAGAAGUGACUCUACUAGACAGAGACAUAUGUUCCAAGGAAAUCCAGGGACUGACCGAGAAUGUCUUGUGUGCUAUUUCUAAGGAAGGCAUGGAGGAGACCUGCAAGGUUGAGAGUGGGAGUCCCUUGGUCUGUGAUUCUGGAAGCAACAUGAAAUGGUUUGUGGUUGGCAUAGCAAGCUGGGGGGGUAACUGUGACCAAGAGGCAAGCCCCACAGUCUACACUGUAGUCUUCAGCUACCUUGACUGGAUCCAAAGGGCAACAGCUCAAGAAGGAAAGCCGUUUAUUCCUGAAGGAGUGGAUGACAUUGGAUCUUACACUGAA